CCGGAAGUGUGGGGUGAUCCUGAAGCCGGAGAAGCGGCUUGUUUAAGCGGCUCGAGAGGGCGGCCCGGGCUCUGGAGGCAGCUGCUGGGGGACCAUGUUCGACCCGGGACAGGAGACGCUGAGUGCAGAGAUUGGGGAGGACAGUAAUGGCAUCAACCUGAUGGAGUUCUCAGAUGAGAUCCUUUUGCACAUCCUGAGCUACGUUUCUUGCACAGACCUUGUUCUGAAUGUGAGGAGAACCUGCAGAAAGCUUGCAACUCUUUGUCUUGACAAGAGUUUAACCCACAUGGUGCAACUUCAUAAAAAAUAUCAGGUCAACAAGGACAAAGUGAAGCAGCUAAUGAGGGGGAUUGGAAAAGAAAUCCACCAGCUGAACAUGGCUGGCUGCUACUGGCUCCCCAGUUACACCAUUGACCAUGUAAUACGAUGCAAGAACCUGGUGAAGCUGAACUUGUCUGGCUGCCAUCUCACCUCCCUCCGCCUCUCCAAGAUGCUCUCUGCUCUCCAGCACUUGCGCUCACUGGCAAUUGAUGUAAACCCUGGUUUUGAUGCCAGCCAGUUGAGCAGUGAAUGUAAAGCCACGCUUAGUCGUGUACUGGAGCUCAAGCAGACCCUUUACACACCGUCAUAUGGGGUGGUUCCAUGCUGCACCAGCCUUGAGAAACUGCUGCUCUAUUUUGAGAUCCUAGACCGAUCCCGAGAAGGCUUAAUUUUGUCUGGCCAGCUGAUGGUGGGUGAAAGUAAUGUCCCCCACUAUCAGAACCUUCGUGUCUUUUAUGCUAGGUUGGCUCCUGGCUAUGUCAAUCAGGAGGUGGUGAGGCUGUAUCUGGCAGUGCUAAGUGACCGGACCCCAGAGAAUCUUCAUGCCUUCCUCAUUUCUGCCCCUGGCAGUUUUGCAGAGAGUGGAACCACUAAAAACCUUUUAGACUCCAUGGCUCGAAAUGUAUGUUUGGAUGCUUUGCAGUUGCCCAAGUCCUGGAUUAAUGGAUCUGGCCUCCUUCAGCACUUGAAGUUCAACAACCCUUUCUACUUCAGCUUUAGCCGCUGCACCUUAUCUGGCGGCCACCUGAUCCUGCGCGUUAUUAAUGGAGGGAAGGACCUCAAAAGCUUGACCAGUUUGAAUCUCAGUGGCUGCAUUCACUGUCUGUCUUCUGACUCCUUGUUUCGGAAGGCAGAAGAUGAUAUUGACAGCAGCAUUUUGGAGAGUCUGGUUGUUUCCUGCUGCAAUCUGAGACAUCUGAACCUUUCUGCUGCCCACCAUCACAGCUCGGAAAGCCUAGGGAAGCAUUUGUGCCAGCUCCUGGCACGGCUAAAGCACCUGCUGUCUUUGGCGCUGCCGGUUUGCUCCAUCACAGAUGUUACUACAAACACAGACAAGCCACCUGUGCAGUCUGUGACUAAUGUGGUGCCCCCAGGCCUUGGAAAGAAAAUCCGGAUUGGGGUGCCAACAUAUGCCAAGAACUUCUUGGAGCAGUCAAAUCAGAAGUCUCAAUCCUCUGUGUUUUGGACUCUAUUGGAGAACCUCCCGUUUUUGAAAAACUUGGAGUUAAUUGGGUCCAACUUUUCCUCUGCCAUGCCCCGGAAUGAGCCAGCAAUUCGGAACUCACUGCCCCCUUGCAGCCGGGCACGGAGCGUUGGGGAUUCAGAGGUGGCUGCCAUUGGCCAGUUGACCUUUUUGCAGAACCUCACUUUAGCACAGCUACCUAAUAUCCUGACUGGUUCUGGGCUUGUUAGCAUUGGAUUGCAGUGCCAGCAUCUGCGGAGUCUCUCAUUAGCCAACCUGGGCAUGAUGGGAAAAGUGGUCUAUAUGUCUGCCCUCAUGGACAUGCUGAAGCACUGCAAGUGCUUGAGGGAUCUCAGGCUAGAGCAGCCGUAUUUCAGUGCUAACACCCAGUUCUUCCAGGCACUGAGUCAUUGUUCUUCUCUCCAGCGCCUUUGUGUCAUCUCCCGGAGUGGAACUCUGCAGUUUGAUGCAGUGAUGUCAUUCAUGGCCAACUGCCUUGAGGUCGUCAUGUGCCACAUGUUUAUGGGAGAAUCUCUCACAAUUUGCAAAAAUCUUCAGCAGACCAUUUUACGGAGUUUCCAGGCAGACCGCCCUGCAUUAAAUGUCGUCAUUUUCCCUCUACUACAUGAGGACUUGACGGAGGUCAUCAGAGAUGUCCCCAUGAUGCACUUGGAUGAAAUUACCUUGUUUAAAAGCAGAGUGGCUGAGGAACCUCCAAACCUGUGGUGGUGAUUGUGCCAUAGCACAUGUAGAACAGUUGGGAUGAACGUGUGAAACAGCUUCUUAUUGGCCUGGAAUCCCCCUUCUUGAGCUUCUGGCCGCCUUAUGGGAUGCUGUACGAUCACUUUAAAUCAGUGCAAUUGAAAAGCAGAAGAGCCUCGACAAACACAGACCUUGCACAUAAAAAUACAAUAUCAAAGCCUUUUGGAACCAUAUGGAGAUUUCCUUGUGGUUAAUAAUGAAUUCCUCUUUUACUUUCUAUUAGUUAAAGGUAAAAUGGGAGUGGAUCCCUUUAUCAAGUAUGUAUACGACCAUUAUUGUAUUGCCCGUGGCAUGAUGCUUAGACAUCUGUAUUCACGUAAGCAGGUCUGUGAUCUCAAUAUGAACCGCAACGUUCAGAAUAAGGGCUAGGAAAGGCCAGCCAGUCGCACUUCAGAUUAUGCUAAAGGGACCGAAAAGAAUCCUCACCCCCGAACGGUGGGACCGUGCUCUGCAUCCCUGCUACAGAGCCUCCUGACUGUGAGUGAGAAUUUCGCUGCUUCUGCACUCCAGGCAGGAGUCACCAGAUGUUAAUAAUGUGCUUAUUUUCUCUAAGUGCUAUUUUGGCAUCGGUGUUAAUUACAAUUUAUAUUCUGCAACGUUUAUACUGGGAAAAGAACCCACCCUAAUAGUCCCCAAUUGGCAGUGCUGGGCUAUUAAACAUAGCACCAUAUGUUCUGAGCAGAGAAGUAUAUGGGAUUCAAAGCAUAGUCAGCAUUAAGGUUCCAUGUGCAGUUUUUGGGGAGGACUUUUUGUCGUUGUUCUUGUUCCUAGUUUUUCUUUGACACAAAAUGCCCUUUUUUGUUUACUCUCCAUCCCCUCCACUCCAAAAAUCCCUCCCUGCCAUCUGUGGAUGAGACGAUUGUCUGACUCACCCCGUUCUCUUGAGCACCCUGAACCGCAUCAGGUGCCCUUCCCACAGGGGCUGCUUCUGCGGUGCUCCCGGUCCCUGCCGGACAGUGAAGGAGCACCAGUUAUUAGAUCAGAACUCUGACCGUUCCUCUGGCAGUGGGCUCCAUUGCUAGCAAACCAUUGGGUAGGCCACAAACUCCCGUUCUUUGCAAGUGUUUGGAUGGAUGCAUUUUGACGCUAACUGGAUCGGAUGCUAAAGUUAAAUUAAAAGUUACAGUCACAAGAUCAUUGAUGCCAAAACAUGUUUAACAAAAUGGCUUUCUAUUCCUGCUGCCUGGUGGGUUCUAGGCUUUUUUUAAAGUGGUUUUAGCUUUUGGUAAGGAGAAGCUGACUGGAUCAAAUGAGUCGAAAAAAGGCACCUUAAAGGGAAUGUAAUCCUGUUAGUUUCUUCCUCUGCCUUUUGGCAAAGCUCUGUUUGGGUUCUCAUUUGGCACCUUGUUUAAAACCCUCCCACCCACUCAUGGUACAGCAACAAUAUAUCACGUCAUCAGGUUUCCCGAGUGCUGGGAGUGAUGCUAACCUGUCACCCUGCGGUGUGGCACUUCAGCGGUAAGAAAAGAGUUUAAAGAGAAUUGAGACAGCUUGAUCUAUUGGCUGGAGCAUCAAACUGGGAGCUGGUUUUCAGUCUCCUCUCUGCCACUUGCUCAUUGUGUGAUCUUGGGCAAGUUGUUCAACCUCUCUGUGCCUCAAGUCCCUCAUCUGGCUCCCAGGUCACAUUAGGCUAUUGUAAAGCUCUAAAGUGUUGGCCAUCUUGGAGGACAAACAACCGAGGACAGUGCUAAUUUAGGAGGAGGGGAAAAUGGGAUGAAUUAGAGCAGCUGUCUUGAGUUUCCUAACGUGGCCCAAGGUGGAGUAGAGUCCAGGUGCUGCCAGCUGCAAUCCCAAUAUCAAUAUCCUGAUUGUCUCAGGUGACAGAGUUAAAAACACAGAAUAAACAGGGCACUGGGGAGCUUCCCAACAAUGGAAACUGCUGUUGAGCAUUUCUAUUCCCUGUGAAAGGCCAUAUGAACCAUAUACUACUAACACUCCCAUAGGCGGCGGUCACCUUCCUUAGCUGACUGUUACUGGGACUUACCCUGCUGCUGGCAACGGGCUGCCCCAUGACUGCCGGUGACUGGGCUAAACGACUUCUCCAUUGCUCUCCUCGUAUUGAGAGGAAGGGAUGAAAGUCUUGCAGAUGAGUGCUACUAUCGGGCUUGCCAAGAGCCCUCAACUCUUGUUUAUCCCAGUGAGAAUUGCGGGUGCUCAGCACCUUGUAGGUCCAGCCUUUCACCUUUUGCAGUGGGGGUCUCGUAACUUCAGAAACAAAAUCCCGAUACUUAAUUUAGCAAAAAGUUAAUACUCCAGGUGGUGCGGUAGCUUAUUUGAUCUGCUCAUGGGAGACUAAAUCCAGUGCUGAUCCUGGCUGAUGCUGUGUCCAGCCAAAGCCUUUCACACUCCUACCAGGAGGAGAAUAAGUCUGGAAAAGGAGCAACGUGAACAUGACUUGGCUAUUGCAGAAGAAAAUCUCUCUCUCCAUUGCAGGGUCCGUAGGCUGCCUCCCUGUUCGAUUAGAUGCAUAGGCAGCCAAGGCUCUCUAGCAGGAGAAUCAUUUCCAUAGAAACCGAUUGGGAUGUUGUAGAGGGAAUAAUGAUUAAUAGCGAAGGGACGUUGCCUCAGGCCCUUUUCAUUUUUUCGGGGGCAGCGAGGGACAAACCAGAAGGAAGCAGAGCCCAGGUAGGGGGAGAUGCAGUCUCUAACACUAAUGAAAAACAUCUCUUCCAUUAAUUUCCAGGCCAGCUCCCCUCUUCUCCCUCCCUCGGCGGCUGCUUUCCAGCUUCCUUUGAAUUUUCAAAAUGGCUAACCUGGUUAGAAGUAAUGAUAAAAGGAUGGAUGAUGCCUGGCUAUUAACAUGGUUGCUGUUAGCAGCAGGAUCUCAGCCAUAAAACAUGAAGCAAGGGAGACAUUGACCUUUCUGCUGUUUUGAAAUGAAUGGAGACAUCGAUAUCUAUUGUUUUCAGUGGCAUUGACCUCUGACACUCUCACUUCUCCUUCUUCCUCGCUCUUUUAUUUCCUCCUGACGCUUGGGGAGAGGGGUCAGUUUGUACCAUCUAUUGAUCCUGAUCUUACUUGGUGAUAGGGAAAUAAUUAGAAUUGUAAAAGAUCUACAUCAUACUAGCACUGUAUAUAUAUAUAUAUACGCAUACAUACAUCCCUCCUCCCACCCCCCAUUGGAAAUUCAAAACUCCUAGAUCUGAAAGAAGGCCGAUCAAUUUAGGUUUAAUUACUAAAUGUUUUUUAUUUUAGCUUUGUAAAUGCUCAAGUGUAGCAUUUUAUGUUACUGUCACAGGAGUCUGGAUGCCUGGUGCCUUGUUUUAUUUAUUUAUUUUGUUGUAAGUAGCCCCUCUUAUGUGAACAACUUCUACGUACUGAGAAUGUGAAAUCAGGCAUUGCUAAUUAGUUGGAUGACAAUUAAGUAAUGUAGCACAAAACCAUUAGGACAUCGAAUUUGUUUUUGAAGUUUCUCCUUUGAAGUGGAAGCUGCAACUCUGCCCAAGGCUGCUAGGGAAAUUUUUUUUUGUCAGAAUUUUCUUUGAAAAAUGUCCGUGUAAAGUCCCUAUUCUGUUGAGAAUCUCCUAUAUUCACUCCUAUAUAAACAGAGGGUGAAACUUUGUUGUCAAAAUGUUGAAUUUAAAAAAAAAAAA